AUGUGCAAAGUAACAGCAACAUCCUACAUCGAAUGUCCCCACUGCUACAGUAGAUUGGAGCUCGACCUUCGUCAAAGAAUUGACCACCAGAUCAGGAAAAAGAUUGAUAAUGGUGCGAGUAACAGGGUGGACAAGAAGACUACCGAUGACGAGAUCAAGCAGUUGAGAAAGACAGAAAGAGAGGGGAUUGCUAGACUAAGAUUUUGGUGUGGGAUCGAUAGGAAAGAAGAGGGGAAGGAGAAAGCAAAGAGACAUGAGGGAUCGCACGGAAGUGGCAGGAGUAAGUAA